AUGGACCGUGUCCCCAGGAAGCAGAGGGAUGCUCCCAUCCCAUGCUGUGGCUGCUCUCACCUGGCUCCUCUCCCGCUCCUCGCAGGCGUGAUCCGGUACGUGGCCCUGCUCGUCACGCUGCUGGGCACAUGGUUCAUCGUGCGGACGUACUUCGACCACAGAGGGAAAGCCAUCAGCCUGCGGAGCUGGCUCGGUGCCAUCGAGAAGCCCAUCAGCCAGCAGCCGCCCCGGCACAAGUGCGGGAACCGGAAGAGCUGCCCCCAGAACUAUUUUGCCUUCAAGAUCAUCAGCGGCGCCGCAAACGUGGUGGGACCCUCCAUCUGCUUCGACGACGCGAUCCUCAUGAGCACCGUGAGAAACAACAUCGGCAGAGGCCUGAACAUCGCGCUGGUGAACGGGACAAGCGGGCAGCUGCUGACAGCGGACACAUUCGACAUGUACUCUGGAGACAUUAACAAGCUGGACAGCUACCUCCGGCGGGUCAAGCACGGCACCAUCGUGCUGGUGGCCAGCUACGACGACGCUGCCACAAAGAUGAACAACAAAGUACGGGCACUUUUUGAGGAGCUGGGCAGCAGCCAUGUGAAAAAGCUGGGCUUCAGGGACAACUGGGUCUUCCUGGGGGCAAAGGGGCUGAAAAGCAAGAGCCCCUUUGAAGAGCACAUCAAAAAUGACAAGCUGACAAACAAAUACAGUGGCUGGCCUGAGCUGCUGGAGAUAGAGGGCUGUGUCCACAGGAAGAUGGAUUAG